AUGGGCACACCAACGGCCGACUCACCUACCAGGUCACCGACUGUCGCUGGUGCAGAGGCACAUGCAGGCAAUAUGGCAGACACGCCUGCAGCUUCAGCUACACCUACAGCAGCGGUUCAAUCCCUGGCUGUGGCAGAAACUGCUGCUGCAGCACUGACCACCCUCACACCAACACCAUCAGGCUCAGGCGCGGCAGCAGCAGGGUCCUUAGCUCCACCGGGACACACCCAGUCAGAGCCCUCUGCCGACCAGAGACCGAUUGACUGGUACCAGGUCAUUGUCAACGGAGCAUCAACCAUGCUCCGUACAAUUUCCCCGACUGGAUCCCCCCCGUGGCACGCGAUAUAUCGUGAAGCACUGACGGCGGCAGCAGCUGAAUUCGGAGCAGCAGCAACUACUCCAGCGGCAGGGAACACGGCACGAGCACCGGUCACGGGUGAGGCAGCAACGGCACCAGGAACAGCAGCAUCAGCACCCCAUGCCCCUCAGGCAUUAGCCGCAGCAGCAACAGUAGGAACAGCAAGCACAGCAACAGUCAUGGCAGCAGCGACACCAACAGCAACUCACACAGCAGUGGCGCCAACAGCUUUGGCAACUGCAACACCGGCCGGAACAGCGGCAAACACAGCAGGGACAGCAGCAGCAGGUGGCGCAGCAGUGACACCGGCGGUGACAGAUACAGCACUAGUACACCCUUCACACACCAACCCACUGCCAGGGAUCGUGACCCCUGAUUCACCAGCUCCUCCUCCUACGCACACGCCAGCUCCCAUCGCCCCCCAACCAAGUCCGAACCCACCGGCAGCACAAACCAGCCCAAUGCCAGGCAUGCUGCAGGUGGGAAACACCAGCAGCCUCUUCAUACAGGGUGCUGGACCCAACGGCAUGAGAGGAGCGGUGACAGGGGCAUGCAAGGAUGUGGUGGAGCAACGUGAACAACAGCCCACCGCAACAGCGGCACCAGCUGCUUUGGAGGAAGAGGACAGGAGAGGGCAGGCCAUGGCAGAUACAGACACAACCGUCACAGCUACCCCAGCAGCAGGAAGCAACGACAGGGAGCAGGUGACACUGAAUGAGGGAGCAAGAACCAGCGCAGCCACGACAAUGCAGGGGGCAGGACAGCAUGCGGAAGAAGCUGGUGACACGAGACGAGCAAGGGCAGGGAUUUCAGUGCUAGCAACAAUGAGGUUGGGAGAACCUUUGGUUGUCACAAGCAGCCGCAUAAGUGAUCUCCCACGAGCUUGCAAGGGCACUGAUGAGCUACCCCCUAACGGAACAGCACCUAUCGUGCCACCCACUACCACGCUGCAGCAGGGACGGAGCCGCCCGGACAGCCUCACACCGACCUGGCCGGGACACGAUGACACAGCAGCAGCCGCACCACAAGCACAACAGCCUCAUCAGCAGCCGAGCGAUAGCAGCAGCAGCAGCAGCAAGGGGACCAGGGAUGAAGGCCCUAAUAGGGAUGGGACCCGUAUCCUCUACUGCCCCGUGGAGUUUGACCCAUGCGGAGGAGAGGACGAAGCGGAGCCACCCGAGCAGCCCAUGAGCCCAACGAGCCAGGAGGAUGCAACCCCAGAGGGUUUGAAGCUGACAAAGAGAGAGAUUGGCAAGGCAGCGGCAGCUCUCAUGCGGGGUGAGCAGUUCGGCAUGAAGGGCCUAGAGGCAGCAUAUGGGCUGAAGGAAGAAGAAGACCUCCCCACUGUUUGGCAUCGUUUCUUCGAAGAUAUGCAGUCCAUGCUACUCAACACGACACCACCAGAGCCCCCUGCUUCCUCACCCUUCAAGAGCUUGCCUAAGCCCCUGCGCAAGGCGAUCGAGAAGGAGCUGGCUUCAUUCAAGAGCUGCCUUCGCACCUACAGCAAAGUAUCGAACGGCCUGUGCGAGCUUCAGCAGCAGUUCAGGGAUGGGGAAGUUUCCCACGCUCUCCGGAUUUCAACCCCCACGCUACAGCUAACCGACCCUGCCCUACAGGAGAGUUUGAACCAGGCCCUAGACAAUGAGCUGAAAACCUUCAAAACAAAGGCCCAGCUGACUCUGAUGGGGUACAAAGAGAAGGAGAAGGCUCACUGGGAAGCGGCAGCAGAGGUGUGGGCGGCACGGACACACACUCGCUUCGAGAGCUUCCUGGAGAAAGACCUUCACUUUUUCGAGACCCAUGCAGCACCUGGUACCCCUGCACCCGAUGCUCACCUCAAGGAGCUGGCCGCUGACUACAUGGCACGUGGCAUGGCACGAGAGCUGAUGUAUCAUGCCGUGUGGAUCAAGGGCAACCGCAACUCAAAGGCAAGGGGGGCAGCUAAACGGGAGAAGGCACGGGGUGAACAGGCGCAGGUGGAGCAGAUACAAGCAGAUCCUUCUACCGACCUGCUCGGGCUGAUGAAAACACUGGUUGGCCCCCUACAGCAGCGGGUAGAGGCCUUGGAGCAGCGCCAGUCUAAGAACCAGCGAUGCACGAGAGCAGGGGUGCACCACAGAGGACACCGGGACGGGCACAACAGAGGGAACACCGGGACGAUAGGGGCCAGCUGA